AUGAAAAUAAUAGAAGUAAUAAAAAUAAUAAAAGUAAUCAAGAUAAGAGUAAUAAGACAGAACAAGAUAAGAGUAAUAGAAAUAAUAAAAGCAGUAAAAAUAAACAAGAUAAAAGUAAUGAAA